AUGUCUAUCAAUAAUCCCCAUCAACCAAAUUGUCGUCUAAUCUUCACUGAACCGGCAUUGCAAUAUCGUCGCACCAACAUUAUUGCUUCAAUUUCAAAAUCAUCGCAAAAUCCGAAAAUAUUACAGCAAAUGAUUUUGGCUGGCAUGAAUAUUGCACGUUUAAAUUUCUCUCAUGAUACGCAAACGUUCCAUGAGAGAUCAAUAGAAUUGCUGCGGGAGGCCUCGGAAAAAUGUUCCCUCGAAUUGGGACGUACCAUCCAAGUGGCCUUAGCCUUGGAUACAAAAGGACCCGAGAUAAGAACAGGCCUAUUGGAAGCAGGCCCUAAUGCUGAAAUCGAAUUAAGGAGCAAUGAUAAUUUUCGCCUCUCGAUUAAUCGUGAUUUAAUGGCCAAGGGCAAUCGUGAUUUUAUUUAUGUGGAUUAUGAACGGAUCAUUGAUGUCCUGCAGCCCGGAAAUUUGAUAUAUAUAAAUGAUGGAGCCUUGGAAUUGGUGGUAAAAGAAUUGGGUGUGGAUUGUGUUCUUUGUCAAAUACGACGUGGAGGCAUGUUGGGUUCACGCAAGAAAAUAAAUUUACCCGGCAUCAAUGUGGACCUGCCAGCUGUAUCGGAAAAAGAUCAAAAUGAUUUGAAAUUUGCUGUGAAAAAUAAUUUCGAUAUGAUUUUUGCUUCAUCAACACGAAAUGCAGAGGCCUUGCGGGAAAUUCGUUCAGUGUUGGGUACGAAGGGUAAAGAAUUGAAGUUAAUAGCAAAAAUCGAUUCUCAGCAGGGUCUAGAAAAUAUUAAUGAAAUUCUCUGCACCGCUGAUGGCAUACUUUUUGAUCGUGCUGAUUUGUCAAUAGAAAUUCCAGCAGCAAAAAUAUUUCUAGCUCAAAAAGCCAUUGCCGAACGUUGUAAUCGUUUGGGUAAGCCCAUUAUAAUUGCAUCCCAAUUGCUUACAUCAAUGUGUCAAAAAACGACACCCACACGCUCCGAAGUGGCCGAUUUAGGAAAUUCGAUAUUAGAUGGUGCCGAUUGUGUUAUGCUUUCUGCAGAAACAGCCAUAGGAAGAUAUCCUGUAGAAUCUGUUGCCACUAUGGAUGGUAUAAUUCGUGAAUUUGAAUUAAUUGCAUUUCAUGGGAAUCAAUUGCGGGAUAUCCCCUUGACAUUGGAUCCCGUUAAUACGCUUGCCAUAUCGGCCGUAAAUGCUGCCAAUAAAACUAUGGCUUCGGCAAUUAUUGUUUUAACAACUUCCGGCCGGUCGGCACAUUCAGUGGCAAAAUAUCAUCCCAAAUGUCCGAUAUUGGCCGUAACCAGAUGUUCCCGUGCAUUUCGUCAAUGUUUUCUUUAUCGUGGUAUUGUUCCAAUGCUUUAUACAGAUAAACUUGCUGACAAUUGGUUGGAGGCUAUAGAUGCCCGCAUACAAUUCGCCUUGAAUGUCGCCAAACUCAUGCAGAUUGUAAAGACGGGAGAUACAGUUCUAAUUGUAUCACCUUGGAAAGAUGGUGCUGGUUUUACAAAUAAUCUACGUUUAAUUUAUGCCUAUUUUGAACAGGAUGAUGUAGAUUGUUUGCUGCAGGAUGAACGGAAAUCAACAAAGAAAUUGAUUUAA